AUGGUCGUUGCACCAAAGCUAUAUCCGCGGGCGACAGUCAAGCGCAUUGUCAAGGCCCAUACGCGGAAGAACCUCAGCAAGAACGCAGACAUUCUCAUAUUUUUGGACUACAUGCUCUUCAUGAAAGAGUUAAUGCGAGAGGCCUCAAUCACGUCAAAGAAAAGCGGGGAGACCACCAUAUCCGCGAAAAGCAUCCGAAGAGUCACCGAGGUACGCCCUCAGCAAACUGAUCCUGGUCUCCUUGAAGCAUUGCUGAUGCGUCUGGAUUUCCUAGGGAACUUUACGGAAGUUUAA